AUGAAACCCUGCACCAGCCGCCACGGAAAGCCGCUUUGCGAGCACUGUCGAGAUUGGUUUGUAAAAGCAUGGAAUGAGUUCGCACCCGGCCACUGCUCCCACCCCAUCCCCUAUGCCUACAACUCGUUAAACAGCGGAAAUUCCCGGAUGGGCAGCCUGGUGGAGGGGCUGUCGACGUGUGAGCGGUUGCAGUGCGACACGACGGUGGGUUACGGUGGGUCGCCAGACGAGAGCGGCGAGACGACACUUGAUGCCCUUCUCAUCGACGGACCUGGGCACCGGAUGGCAGCCGUCGCGCAGCUGCGCCGCGUACGCGACGCUACGCGCGUGGCCUGGGCUGUGAUGAACCAUACGCAGCACACGAUGAUUGUUGGGGAGCAGGCCACACGCUUCGCGCUCCAGAUGGGUUUCAAAGAAGAGAACCUGACCACGCCGGCCUCACUGCUGAUGAUGGACGUGUGGCGGCGGAAUAGUUGUCAGCCGAAUUUUUGGAAGAACGUGAACCCAGACCCUACCAAAAGUUGUGGACCGUACCAGCCUGCGUCCGCUACGGACAACCUCGAAAAAAUGGUGCUAUCAAAUCGGAUCAUCGAUCGUUUCCACCACGACACCAUCGGCAUGGUGGUGAUCGACGAUAGCGGCGAGGUUUCCGCCGGAACAUCUACCAAUGGUGCCCGGUACAAGCACCGUAACGAG